AUGCCUUUUUUUUUCUUCAGUUCUGUAGUUCAUUUUAUCUUUCGUUUUUUUUUCUCUCUCCCCUUCUCUCUUUCUUCUUUUUCUUUCUUUCUUGCUGUUAUGGUUUUAGAAAAAAAUUUUAUCUUUCUCUUCUGUAGAAAUUUAUUUUCCGAAAAUUCGUUCUUUUUAUUUCUUGUUUUUAAAAAAAUUCUUUCUUUCUUUAUUUCUUUCUUUCUUUCUUUCUUUCUUUCUUUCUCCCGCCUGGCUCAGCGUACUUCUCGCUCAAUUUUUCAUACAUUUCUUUCUUUCUUUCUUUCUUUCUUCCUUUCUUACUUUCUUUCUUUCUCCCGCCUGGCUCAGCGUACUAAAGCUCAAAUUUUUUACAUUUCUUUCUUUUCUUUCUUUAUUUUCUUUUUUUUUUCUUUCUUUCUUUCUUUCUUUCUUUCUUUCUUUCUUUCUUUCUUUCUCCUGCCUGAAAAAAGCGUACUAUUCAACUUUAUUUUUCAUACAUUUUUCUUUCUUUUCUUUCUUUUUUCUAUUUUCUUUUCUUUCUUUCUUUUUUCUUUUUUUUUUUUUUCUCCCUUUUGGGAAGUGAACUUUUUUUCUUAUUUUUCAUUUUUUCUUUCUUUCUUUCUUUUCUUUUUUUUCUUUAAAGUUUCUUUCUUUCUUUCUUUCUUUAAAUUAAUUUCUUUCUUUCUUUCUUUCUUUCUUUCUUUCUCCUUUCAUCUCUAUAAAAAUUCCCUCUCUUUUUUUUCAUUUCUUUCUUUAUUUCUUUAUAUAUUUUCUUUUUUCUUUCUUUCUUUACUUUCAUUCUUUCUCUCAUUGUCUUUCUUGCUCUCAAUUUUUCAUCUUUUCUUUCUUUUUUCUUUCUUUUUUUUUUUUUCUUUUUUUCUUUUUUCCCGCCUGGCUCAGUGUACUUCUUUUCUAUUUUUCAUACAUUUCUUUCUUUCUUAA